GAUAGCAGAUAACAUACAUGCCCGCUGGACUUGCUUGGAACAAAAGCUAGACUCCCCCCCGUUGGCACCAGACUGCACAAUUUGAAGGAACCCCCCAGCGCUCCAAACCGGCGAGGCCUCUACAUAACAAGGCCAAGGUGCGAGAGCGGCGAGCGACGGAGUGUGUGUGUGUCAUGAGCUAGAGCGAGCGAGCUGCCUCGGGCACUAUCAGUGGCGCAAAGGUCCCUGCUUUUCAUCGUUCCACUCCAUCUUCCUAGUCGUCUCAAGUCAUCUCGCUCUUUCCUCCGUGCCUGAUUAGAUACCUAUUACAUUGCUGAUCGGUAGGACUCUCAUCAAGGACUAUCCAACCGCAACGGCACGAGCUCAUCAAAUAUCGUAUUAAUAUUCGCCAUCGCGAUCCCAGACCCCAUCCAUCGCCCACCAGUGAUCUCAGUGUCGGUGCCACGAGCAUCAACGCUUCCCCGACCCUUUACUCUUGUCGCACGAUGUCACUCUUUCGCUCCGCCCGCAACUUUAUGUGGGGGGUGCCACCGUCGGAUUCCGCCGAGCGCAAGCUGCUUCUCAAGAUCGACUUCUUCGUUCUGACCUUCACCUGUGCAAUGUACUGGUCUAACUAUCUAUCACGCGCGAACCUGGCGAAUGCAUACGUAUCAGGCAUGCGCGAAGACGUCGGCUUCCACGGAACCCAGUUCAACCAGGUCAACACGGUCUUCACCAUUGGUUACAUUGUCGGACAACUUCCGAACAACCUGAUGCUACAAGUCGUGCCUCCACGUCUGUGGCUGCCGUCGAUGGCGCUGAUCUGGGCGGGCCUGUCCGGCUGUCUGGCAGCUGUGCAGACGCCCAGACAAGUCAUGGCGAUUCGCUUCCUGCAAGCGCUGGCGGAAAGCUCGACGUUCAGUGGCAGCCACUACAUACUUGGGUCGUGGUACAAGGAGUCCGAGCUCGGCAAGCGCUCCGGCAUCUUUGCCUCUUCGGCGCAGCUCGGCAGUAUAUUCUCCGGUGUCAUGCAAGCCGCCAUCUUGACCGGUCCGCUCAACGGCCACCUGAACCUCGCAGGCUGGCGUUGGCUCUUCCUGCUAGACCUAUUCAUCGGCGUUCCCAUCGCCCUGUACGGCUACCUCACCUUCCCCGACACGCCGCGCACGACAACGAGCUUUUUCUUGACCGAGGAGGAGCGAAAACUCGCCGUCAGUCGCCUGCCAGAACGGCCUAUGACCAAGCUGAGCUGGGACCUCCUGUCCCGCACGCUCAAACGGUGGCACUGGUAUGCCUUCUCGAUGCUCUUUGCAUGGAGCAGCAUGCUUGAAAGCGUCAAUAUCAACUCACUCAUGCAGUUAUGGCUCACCAACAAAGGGUUUGCAGGGUGGCAAAGAAACCUGUACCCACUCGGCCUGGUUUCUGUCGCGAUCAUCUCCACGAUCCUCUGCGCCAACUUGUCGGACCACUACCGCAGCCGAUGGCCGGUGAACAUCUUGAUGUGUCUCGCGCUGUUCAUCACCUCGACCAUCAUGCUGAUCCCGGACACGCCAGCGUCCGCGCGAUUCGCAGCGUUCUACCUCUCCGGCAUCGGCUACAGCGGGCAAGCAUCGAACUUUGCCUGGGCCAACGACUGCACCGCCCUAGACGAACAGGAACGCGCCGUUGUGCUCAGCUCGAUGAACAUGUGGUCGAAUGUCGUCAACGCCUGGUGGAGCAUCACGCUCUACCCCGCCACGGACGCGCCGCGCUGGCAGAAAGGGUUCAUUGCGAUGGUCGUUCUGUGCUUUUUUGUUGUCGCUAUCACCUUCGUCGUCAGGCACCUAGACCACAAGGAACGGCGCGAAAGAGCAGCGCUCGACGAGUCGGAAAGGAGCGCGCAUCACCCCCGCGAGGACGUGUCCGUAUCAGUCGUUGAAAAGACCGUUUUGUCCAGCGCGGAGGAAAUCGGCAAGGCGUGAGCGAGCGCAAACUGCACCACACACCUCUUGCUCUCUUUUGUUGUAUUAUUUUAUCAGCCUGCAACUU